AUGGAUGACAAAGUAAAGUAUCUUCUAUCGCUAAGUGCGGUGCGGGACCGUUCAAAGAUUGUUGGAGAGGCAGCCGCAGCUGGAAAGCUGAGUCAUUUUGAUGUACACGAAGAGCGAUUGGGCGAGGCUGCGGAUUAUGUGACAUCUGUCAUCAAGCGCGAUUAUGGCCCAGACAAGUUCCAUACUAUUCCCCCGCACGGCCGAUGGCAGCAUUUUGAAGUCGGCAACGUUCCCCGUAUAUCCAAGCUACUUGAGGAAUGGAAAAAGGACGGGUCCGACGAUUUGGAGGUUACACGCCGACUAAUUGAUUUGUUUUUUGUUUCGGUAUUGCUGGAUGCUGGAGCGGGUGACCACUGGCGAUAUGUGGAACCAGGGACGGAGCGCGAGUAUGAACGCAGUGAGGGAAUUGCAGUUGCCAGUCUGUACAUGUUCAAGAGCUUGAGUUUUGCGGCUGCCAAAAAUGAGAAGCAGCCAAUUGUGGAUGGAAGAGGCCUGCAAGACUUGAAGACAGAAGAACUCGCAAAUGGCUUCCAGAUUACAGACAAGAACCCAAUGUUAGGUGUCGAAUCUCGUGCCAAUCUCCUUCGUAGCCUUGGAAAAUCACUCUUAUCCCACCCUGAGGUCUUUGGCCAAGAAGGUCGUCCCGGAAAUGUUGUCGAUUUCAUGAAGAAAAACUCUUCCGACUCCUCAACCUUGGACGUACUUGUAUUCUGGGACAUUCUCCAGAAGCUGCUCAUUCCCAUCUGGCCACAAGACCGUACAAAUGUCAGCGGUCAACCUCUUGGCGACGCGUGGCCCCUGUCUACCCUGAAGACCCAAUCAUCUUCCUCAAGUGCUGAUGAAACCGAGUUCAUUCAGCCGUUCCACAAACUAACCCAGUGGCUUGCUUACUCUCUCAUGGUGCCAUUCACACGUAUUCUCUCACUACAGUGGAAGAACGCGUCUUCGCUUACUGCUCUGCCUGAGUACCGCAACGGCGGUCUAUUCGUUGAUCUCGGAGUCUUGACACUUAAGCCCGCUUCCCUCGAGCGCGGCAUUAAGGCUUCCUCCGAUGGCACUGGACUUCCAGCUUUUAGCGCAGGCGACGAUGUCAUUGUCGAGUGGCGCGCCAUGACUCUGGUCUUGGUCGACAAGCUGUACAAGCUAGUGCUGCAGCGCAUGGAGGGAGUGGAUCUUAGCAUGGCGCAGUUGCUGGAAGCCGGCACGUGGAAGUCUGGCAGAGAGGUUGCCAAGGAGAAGAGGCCUAAGACAAAGAGUAGCCCGAUUAUCAUCCUAAGUGAUGGUACCGUGUUUUAG